CGACGAGCUCGCCUCGCACCACCACCACGCCCAUCCUCACGCCCGAACAAGCGCGCACCGCCCGUCCACUGAGCCGCCAUGGUGCUCCUCGCCGCCUCCAUCUGCACGCGCGGCGGCAAGCCCGUCAUCUCGCGGCAGUUCCGCGAGAUCCCGCGCUCGCGCGUCGAGGCCCUGCUCGCCUCCUUCCCCAAGCUCAUCUCGGCCGGCGCGCAGCACACGAGCGUCGAGACGGAUGCCGUGCGCUACGUGUACCAGCCGCUGGAGGAUCUGUACAUGAUCCUCAUCACCAACAAGAGCAGCAACAUCCUGCAGGACAUCGACACGCUGCACCUCUUUGCACGCACCGUCGCCGACCUGUGCCGCAGCUGCGACGAGCGCGACAUUCUGCGCAACUCGUUUGAGCUGCUCGGCGCCUUCGACGAGAUUGUUAGCCUGGGCUACCGCGAGAACGUCAGCCUGGCGCAGAUCCGCAGCAUCAUGGAGAUGGAGAGCCACGAGGAGAAGAUCCAGGAGAUCAUCGAGCGCAACAAGGAGCUGGAGGCUAAGGAGGAGCUGAAGCGCCGGGCAAAGCAGCUGGAGAUGCAGCGGCGCGAGGCGGCUCGGCGUGGCGCGGCCGGCUUCGGCGGCAACGUGGGCUACCAAGGCGUGUCGGGGCGCGGCUACGAUGCCGUGCCGCUGCAGAGCGCACCAGUGGUGCGGGACACGGGCGCAGCGCCCGCUGCUCCCGCUGCCAAGCCGUUUAAGUCCAAGGGCAUGCAGCUAGGCAAGAAGAGCAAGAACGCAGACCUGCUCGGCGCCAUGGGCAGCGACGCCGAGCUGCCCGCCGCCGCACCGUCGCAGCCGCGAGCGGCCGCUGCACCGGCCGCUGCGGCGUCGGCGCCGAUCCAGUCCUCCGUCGCGACUGUCGACCCGCUUGAGCUGCUGCCGCCCGUCGCGCAACAAAGCAUCCACCUCGUCGUCAAGGAGCGCGUCUCGCUGGAGGCCACGCGCGACGGCUCGCUGACGUCGCUCGAGCUCAAGGGUGACCUCGAGCUGCGCAUCACCGACCCAACACUGGCCAAGCUGCGUCUCCAGAUCGCACCUUCUGUCGCCUCUGCCCUGCUUGCGCCCGACGCGCUCACCUUCAAGACGCACCCGCACGUCGACAAGAAGGCGUGGGCCGACUCGCGCAUCAUUGCGCUGCGCGACCCCGCCAAGCCGUUCCCCGUGCGGCAAAACCUCGGCGUGCUGCGCUGGAGCGCCACGACCAAGGACGAGACGGCCGUGCCGCUCACGAUCAACUGCUGGCCCUCGCCGGCCGGCGACGGCUCGGGCGCGUGCGACGUGACGAUCGAGUACGAGCUCGAGGCGAGCCACCUGGAGCUGCUGCACUUCAACCUCUCCAUCCCGCUGCCGGCCGGCGUGCAGCCGUCGGUCGUGGAGUGCGCCACGGGCGACUGGAGCGUCGAGGAGGACGAGCAGGGCCUGCCGCGCCUGCAGUGGAGCAUUGCCGAGAUCUCGGCCGAUGCCGACAGCAGUGGACAGCUCGAGUUCAGCGUGCCGAGCGGCGUCGACGAUGUCGGCGUACUCUUCCCCGUGCGCGUCGCGUUCGUCUCGAGCCGGACGAUGAGCGAGCUGGAGGUCGCAUCUGUCGUCUCUGCCGAGUCGGGCAGCGCUGUGCCGUAUUCGACGCAGGCCGUGCUCAGCGCCGGCAACUACAUCAUCGCCUGAGGGUCAGACCCACUAGACGAGGCUGGUGCCCGCAUGUGGGGGCGACAGCUGCUGCUGGACGGGAGUGCUGAAUGUAUUUGAUCUUGCCAGACUGAGGCUGCUCUGAC